AUGGGGGGAGCGUCUAAUUCUAACCUUCCUCCUGGCUUCCACUUCUUCCCAUCAGACGAAGAGCUCGUCGACCAUUUCCUCCGCCGCAAAGCCUCGCUCCUCCCAUGCCAGCCAGACAUCGUCCCUACAGUGUGUAUGAAUCACUACGAUCCAUGGGAACUGAAUGGCAAAGCACUUGAGGCAGGUAACCAGUGGUACUUCUUCAGCCAUGCGAAGCACAGCAGGGUCACACCAAACGGGUACUGGAGCUCUGUUUGUGCAGACGAAACGGUGAGCAGUGGUGGCUGUAGUGUCGGCGUGAAGAAGACACUCGUCUUCUCCACUGGAGAGCCCUCUGAGGGGACCAAGACCAACUGGAUCAUGCAUGAGUAUCACUUACUGGAUGGCAGGAAGGGGAUUAGCAGUAGCACUUCCUCAACUAAUAGUUCAAGCAAGAAGUUGCAUCAUCCAAACACAGAGUGCAAUAACUGGGUGAUAUGCCGAAUGUUUGAUUCGACGACCGGUGGAUCGCAAGCAGCGAGCUGCCAUGAGGAGGGCAUGGAGCUUUCAUGCCUAGAUGAGGUGUUCCUAUCCCUCGACGACUAUGAUGAAGUCAGUUUGUCAAAUAAUUAG